AUGCGUCUACUUAAGCGGAACCGCGCUGCAGGCCGGGAGGCGGGACCUCAGGGUGCCGGGAACCAGAAGCAGGGAGCGGCGCAUGCGUGCGUGGCCACCGGCUACGCCGCCCGCCUGCUGCCCGCGGCCGGGCCCGACGCGCAGGCGCUGGAGGCGGGCCUGGAGGAGCUGCUGGCGCGCGUGGACGAGUUCGUGGGCAUGCUGGACAUGAUUCGCGGGGACUCCUCGCACGUGGUGAGCGAGGGCGUGCCGCGCAUCCACGCCAAGGCCGCCGAGAUGCGGCGCAUCUACGGCCGCAUCGACCGCCUGGAGGCCUUCGUGCGCAUGGUGGGCGGCCGCGUGGCCAGCAUGGAGGCGCAGGUGGCGCGCGCCGAGGCCGAGCUGGGCGCCUUCCCCAGCACCUUCCGCAGGCUGCUGCACUCGCUGUCCGCGCCCGCGCUCUUCGGCCGGCCCGCCGGCUCCGCGCCCGGCGCCUUCCAGCCGCCCGCGCUCUUCCGCACCGAGGACCACUUCCCCUGCGGCGGGGACAGUGCGCGGGCCUGA